AUGGCUAAAGAAACUUUAAAAUCAUCACCGUACGCAUUCUAUGCGUUUUAUCAACUAUAUUUACAUUUCUUCCAUAAAAAUAAAGGGAUUACUUUCCAACAAAUAGAAAAAGUAUUAUAUCCAAAUUAUCCUGUGGAUUUAAACACUAAGAAGUCAUUGUUCAUUACAUGGAAGAAAAAGAAUAGCAAUGGUGACGAUGAAGAAGAGUACGAUUUAAGGGGUUGUAUUGGUACUUUUGCUAAAUUGAAUAUAUUAAAUGGUAUUGAAAGAUACUCUCUUGUAGCUGCUUUGGAAGAUGAUAGAUUCUCACCCAUAAAAGCGAAGGAAUUAUCUAAGUUGAAAUGUAGUUGUAAUAUUCUUGAUUCAUUUAAAACGAUUUAUCCAAUUGAGGAUGAUGACGACAAUUCUGAAGAUGGAAUAUAUGAUUGGGAAAUUGGGAAACAUGGUAUAGAAGUGAAACUUAUUCACCCUCAUACAAAAACCGUUCAUAGUGCUACUUUCUUACCGGAAGUAAUGGUGGAGCAAAAUUGGGAUAAAGAUGAAACUUUUCAGUAUCUAAUUGAUAAAUCAGGGUUAUGGAAUUAUAUUGACAAAAUCAUGGCUAAUAAAAAGUUAUAUUUCAAACAAGUAAUUAGAUAUGAAGGUCAUAAGAGUUUGAUAAGUUAUGAUGAAUUCAUCGAGAAAUUAAAGGUGUUGGAAGAAAAUGUUUGA